CGAUAUGUCGUAUGGCGGUCACUAGGCGGCAGUAAUGACAAAAUUGAGACAUUAGCUUACAUUAAAUUAACGUUAACGCUAACGUUGUCAACCAUGGCACGGUCGACAUUAUCGACAUUAUUAGAGUAAAGAAAGAUUAUCCGACCCAUUUCGUGUGGAAGCGGGAGGAAGCACGGAGCUUGGUGACAUCAUCUGUUGAGCAUCAUGGCCAUGCUGUCAUCGAUACAUUCUGCAAGGGGACUUGAUGGGAUGCAAGGAGGUCAUCCAGAGUGACUUGAGAGCUACUGGCCGCCAUCUACUGGUAUAAUAAGUGUGCGAUUGUGUAUUCAGCAUGAGUAAUAUCUACGAGUCUGCAGAGGCCACGCUGGGCUUCAUCAGCUCUCCAUGCCUGACCAAAGUGGAGCUGAGAGUGGCCUGUCGGGGAAUCUCAGACCGAGACGCCCUCUCCAAACCUGACCCUUGCGUGGUUUUGAAGAUGCAGUCACACGGCCAGUGGUUUGAGGUGGACCGUACCGAGGUGAUCCGCAGCAGUAGCGGUCCAGUCUUCUCCAAAAUCUUCCUGGUGGAUUACUACUUUGAAGAGGUGCAACGGCUUCGUUUUGAACUUCAUGACAUCAGCUCGGGCAACAAUGGCCUCCGUGAUGCAGACUUCCUCGGCGCCAUGGAGUGCACCUUAGGACAGAUUGUCUCACAGAGGAAACUGACUAAAGCUCUUCUCAAACAAGGAAACACCGCCGGGAAGUCGUCCAUAAUGGUGACGGCGGAGGAGCUGUCGGGUAACGAUGACUACGUUGAACUCUCCUUCAGUGCUCGUAAACUCGACGACAAGGAUUUCUUCAGCAAGUCAGAUCCUUUCCUGGAGAUUUUCAGAAUAAAUGACGAUGGGAGCGAGUCGCUUGUGCACAGAACGGAGACGGUCAUGAACAACUUGAGCCCCGUAUGGAAAUCAUUCAAAGUGUCCUUGAACACGCUCUGCAGUGGAGACCAUGAAAGGGAGCUAAAGUGCACAGUUUGGGACUGGGACUCUAAUGGAAAGCAUGAUUUUAUCGGGGAGUUUCAGACCACGUUUAAGGAGAUGAGGGUGGAACAAGAGGGCAAACAGAUUCAGUGGGAUUGCAUCAACCCGAAAUACCAGAUGAAAAAGAAGAAUUACAGAAACUCUGGCGUUGUCAUUCUCAACCACUGUAAGAUCAUCAAAAUGUAUUCCUUCCUGGAUUAUAUCAUGGGAGGCUGUCAAAUUCAGUUCACAGUGGCAAUAGACUUCACAGCCUCGAACGGGGAUCCUCGAAACAGCUGCUCCCUCCAUUACAUUCACCCCUACCAACCCAAUGAGUAUCUCAAAGCUCUGGUGGCCGUGGGGGAGAUCUGCCAAGACUAUGACAGUGAUAAAAUGUUCCCUGCGUUCGGUUUUGGAGCAUUAAUACCGCCUGACUUCAAGGUGUCACAUGAUUUUGCUGUGAACUUUGACGAAGACAAUCCUGAAUGUGCUGGCAUCCAAGGCGUGGUCGAGGCCUACCAGAAUUGCCUUCCCAAGAUUCAGCUUUACGGGCCCACCAAUAUCGCCCCGAUCAUCCAGAAAGUGGCUUCAUCCGCCUCGGAGGAGAUGCACACCAAAGAGGCCAUGGAAUAUUUCAUCCUGCUCAUCCUGACAGACGGCGUCAUCACCGACAUGGCCGACACGCGAGAGGCCAUCGUGCACGCCUCCCACCUACCCAUGUCCGUCAUCAUCGUCGGCGUGGGCAACGCCGACUUCACAGACAUGCAGAUUUUGGACGGCGAUGAUGGCAUCCUGCGUUCCCCCAAGGGCGAGCCAGUACUCCGCGACAUUGUGCAGUUUGUACCCUUCAAGGAUUUCAAGCAUGCGUCCCCAGCCGCCCUGGCCAAGAGUGUUCUGGCAGAAGUCCCAAACCAGGUGGUGGAUUACUAUAACGCUAAAGGCAUCAAACCCAAGUGUAUGUCGGACUAUGAGUCAACACGGGCUUUCAGCCCCUGACGACGGACUGACUCAUGACACAUGUUUACACUCAAAAUGCAUAUGUGCAUUGCUUACCUGCACACACACACACACACACACACACACACGACGACGUGUACGUACAAAACAAAAAACAUUAGUCUAGCUCAGAGAAAUAGCUUGUUCUGGUGAACCAACCUGGAACCCAUUAUGACUAUUGCAUGUUUGGCCAUGAUGACGUUAUGAUGACUUGUAUAUCAUACACAUGUCUAUAGAAAUGAGUCUACCGAACCAGCAUGCGGCCAACCUAAAGAAAUGACACUAUACCUUAUUUAUGGAACUAGCAAGUGCAUAGAUCACACACAAUAAUAAUAAAUGUAAUCUCAAAAAAUUGCAUUUUGUAUUCAUGCCAAUAUUAGUCCCCCGAUAUUAGUGUUUUGCAUAAAUGCAUGCAUAAUUUUUGCUAUCCAAUCCCCUAUAGAGGCUUGCUAGUUUUGAAAUAAAGUAUUUCUGUCAUUUCAACGACACUCUGAGCUGUCUUGUUUUUUUUUUUUCUACAGAACUGUUUGAGGUUUUGGGGAAGUAAAUACAUGAAUAAUUAUAACCAUUUCUUAAUAAUCUUAAAUUGUAUAGAGUUUUGCAGGGAUAGUUAAGUAUGUGUAAUAGACACUGAUCUGUGAGCUGUUUUUCCCUGUAGGAUGCAUGUUCAUUAUAAUAAAGUUACGAUGUUUUAUCACUUUA